AUGAACAAGCCAUUCAUCAAAUCUGAAGUGGAGGCGUCUAUUAGAAGCAUGGGACGCUAUAAAGCGUCAGGUCCUGAUGGCUACCAGCCAAUAUUUUAUCAAGCGAACUGGGAGGUGGUUGGUGAGUCUGUUUCUUGGUUUGUACUUGAAUUCUUUAGAACAGGAGUCUUACCGCCUGGAACCAAUGAUGCCGUCGUUGUCCUGAUCGCGAAGGUGUUGAAACCGGAGAGGAUUACGCAGUUCCGUCCUAUAGGCCUGUGUAAUGUUCUGUUUAAAACAAUCACGAAGGCAAUGGUGAUGAGGUUGAAGAAAAUUAUGCCAAAGCUGAUUGGCCCUGCUCAGGCAAGCUUUAUCCCGGGGAGGUUAAGCACGGACAACAUUGUCUUAGUACAAGAGGCGGUGCACUCUAUGAGGAAAAAGAAAGGGAGGCGAGGUUGGAUGCUCUUGAAACUUGACUUGGAGAAAGCGUAUGCUCGAGUGAGGUGGGACUUCUUGGAAGACACACUCCGCGUGGCGAAGCUUCCUGAGACAUGGAUCGGCUGGAUUAUGCAGUGUGUUACGGGACCGGCGAUGAGCAUCCUGUGGAAUGGGGAAAGAACAGAGAACUUCUCACUGAAACGAGGGUUACGGAAGGAAUGGAAGCCGAUACGAUUGUCUCGAGGCGGUCCGCAACUGUCUCAUGUGUGUUUUGCCGAUGAUCUUAUACUGUUUGCAGAGGCUUCGGUCCACCAGAUCAGAGUGGUGCGGAGGAUUCUGACGCAGUUUUGUGUAGCGUCAGGCCAGAAGGUGAAUUUGGAGAAAUCCAAAAUCUUUUUCUCGGAUAACGUGAGCAGAGAGAUGGGAAGUCAGAUUAGUGCGGAGAGUUGA